AUGCGCAAAUCAGCACAAAAGAAUAGUUGUGAGCCAAGCACUAGUCACCAAUUCCUUCAGGGCUUUGCAAGUGCCAGGAAUGGACGAAAUAGGAAAAGUUUACAUAACAACGUUCAUAUUUUUGAUACUCAAAACUACAAAUGGAUUACAAUAUUAAGCCAAGAAAUAAGUCAAAAUAAUUCAAAUACAAACUCACUAGCAAUCGGACUUGGUGUAGGUAUAGGUGGAUUGGUUUUGGUGAACAUAUAUUCUGUCAUAGUAACCUUUGAAAAUAUGUCAAAUCUCUCUCAAUUAUUGAUUAAAUUCUACCAGGAUAUACGUACUUAUAGCCACCUUUCCUUAAAUGUUUUGUCGACGAAAUGUGCUUUUAUGGAG